CAUCACACGCAAGGCUGGAAAAUGGAAACCACAGAUAUUGACCGUCGGCCUGCUAAGCGGUCCCGCGAUGACGCCGAUGCCAUUCUUUCUCAAUUGCCCACAAAUUUAAGAGACUUUGUCGAAAAUCGCGCGUUCGCCGGAAAGCCUUUCGCGCUCGCUGCCUGCGUCCAGCGAGCGGUCGAGGAGAUCAUGUUAACUGGAGGCUUGCAAAAUAUCGAAAAGCUGAAGCACGGAGGCAAAGCCCUUUGCAAAGGCGUCUACGCUGUCGAGGUCGGUGGUUUGCGACCAUCCAUCGGCGACUCGGCUGCUCCCCAGGAACUCCCCCUCCUCGCCGACGUCGCCCCAGCCGACGACACCCCGCCGCCGGAGCCCAGCUGCUCAUGCACGUGCAAGGCAGCUGAAGGAUCCAUGGUCUGCAAGCACUCCCUGGCGCUGCUGCUGACGCUGCUGGCGGUGGACGUCGGAGGCACGGAAGGCGGCCUGGGGCCCGGGCCCGGCCCAGGUCCCGCGGGACCGGGGCCGCUGGGUCCGGGGCCGCCCGCUGCGGCUGCGGCUGCGGCUGCGGUUGCGGAUGCCGGCACAGCCGCAGUGCAGCGGGUGGCGGCAACAGUCCCUAGAGCUGUAGGGGGGCCUGGGGUCACUGGGGUCACUGGCCAGGUGGCGGCAGGAGCAAGCGCCGGCGCCGUGGCUCACAGCGGCGGCGGCAGCGGCGGCGGCGGCGGCUGGAGGGCUCCCACGCAGCCAACGCCUCUCACGCAGCAACGAGGCGCGAGCGGGGGUGGGGGAGGAAGCCAAGCAGGCGGCGGCGGUGGCGGCGGCUCUCCCGGCGGCACGCUGGGCGGCGGCGGCGGUCGGCGGCGCAUGCCCACGUCCUUGCUCUCGCGGGAGCAGCGAGCGGCCGCAGCGGCGCAGGCGCCAGCGGCGCCACAGGCAGGAGCAGGAGUAGGAGUAGGAGCAGGCGCAGGUCGUGGCUCUGGGGCUGCACCCGUCUCGACGCCGGUGCAGCAGCGGUCGGCAUCGGGGCGUGGCCGCGGCCGCGGCGGCGGCGGCGGCGGCGCUGCUUCUGUGACAGCGGCCGCGUUCACGGCCACGGCGCAGGCCGCAGCCGGCGCGGAGUCUGGGGCCGCGGCAGCUGCCAGCGCCGAUGCGGGCGGCGGUGGCGGUGGUGCGGGUGCGGGUGCGCCCAAGCAGCGAGGAGGCAGCACGCGGGCCGGCGCGGCGGCUCUGCCGGGGGCGCAACGGGCAACGCGUGGACGAGCGGGGCAGGCGGCCGCGGCGGCGGGCGGGUUUGUGCCGCUUACGGAGGAGGAGGUGACGCGUGUGUGUUUGGAGGAGGUGAUUGAGUAUGGGCAGCAGGAGGGGGCGGUGGCGAUGGCGGCUAUGGCGGCAGGCAUCCCGCCGCAGCUGCUACUGCCGCCCGGGCGGCUGCAGUUCACACACGAGCUGCUGCGAGACGUGCUGGCGGCGCAACCGCAGUAGCAGGAGGCGGAGGCUGCGGCAGUAGCAGGAGGGGGAGGUGGCUGCGGCAGUUGCAGGAGAGGGAGGCGGCUGCGGCAGAAGCAGGAGGCGGCUGCGGCUGCGGCAGUAGCAGGAGGCGGAGCAGCCGCAGUAGCAGGAGGCGGCGGCUGCGGCAGUAGCAGGAGGAGGCGGCAGGAACGUGGUCUGGGGUGUCCUUGCAGCAGUACUGGACGAGAAGUGGCACGAUGAGGAGCAUGAGAAAUGUUUGAGUACAUGGGCUUCCAUACGUAGCAUGUGAUGGCUCGGCGUCUUCGGGUGCUGGGACUGUCCCCUCUGUAACAUCCGCAUUCAUAUGUAGCGCGGAUGAUGUCAUACGGUAUGUGAGGCUGACGCGCGUGAACAGGCGUGUGCACUGACAAGCGAGCGAGGGGUG